UAUCUUCUUCAACCUAAUUUCAGUUUUCUGGCGGAAAAACUUUCAUACAAUCAGCAAGUUUGCUUGGGAAACGUGAAUAUUAGAUUGAAAUCUCGUUUCCCAUUCGUUUCCGGGAUGAAUUCAGUUUCAAACACUUCUCUAUUUUUCUGAAACGGUUUCGGUGCGUUCCGAAACGCGUUUCCCGGUUUCCCCGUUCCAGGACGUUUCGGAAACGAUUGUUUUUAGGAAGUAUGAUCACAUGAAAAGCUUGAGAAGACAGCUAUGCUUUGGAACAUGACUAUGCAGUAGAUGAAUGAUACAGUUUUGAGGAUGAGAAGAUUACGUGAUUAGGACGUGUCCUUUAUUUUUGUAGGUCUCCCAUGGCUAGUUCUUGCUUUCAUUGCCUCAGACGGGCUGCUAGGUUCUCUGUGUCACUAUUCAAUACUUCCCAAUUGGAUUUUCUUUCUCCUAGGUUGACUUCGUAUAAUCCUGGAACCCUUUGGGGAAUUUGCAGACCAUUGUGUUUUCCAUACACAUCAGAACCCUGUUUAGUGUCCCGGAAUUUCAGUUAUGGCACAGUGAACUUGGUUAUUUCUCAGGGGAAACCCAAAUUUGAAGUCCAAGAAGUUGAUCCUCCAAAGAAAGACAAGUGGAAGACGAAGAAGAGGCUCAAGAUGCAGAGGUUGAGAGAGAAAAAAGAGAGGAAAGCAGCAAAUAGAAGAGAUCCACGGCGUCUCACUGUUAAGAGGAAGAAGCAAAAGUUUGCUAGUGUUGAGGAUAGGAUCAAAGACAAGCUCGAAAGGGCAAGAAUCAAAGAGGCUUUAUUGGUUGAGCGCCUCAAAAAGUAUGAAGUUCCAAAGGUUCAGGGUCCUGUUGUUCGACCACACAAGAUAAAUGGUGAGGAGAAGUUUUAUUUCAAGAAGAUGGCCCAGAAAAGGUCUAAUUAUGUUCCAGUUGGAAGAAGAGGUGUUUUUGGUGGUGUCAUUCUCAACAUGCAUAUGCACUGGAAGAAACAUGAAACCGUGAAAGUCUUCUUUAAGCCUUGUAAACCAGGCCAAAUACAUGAAUAUGUGCAAGAAAUAGAACGAUUGAGUGGUGGUAUAGCAAUACAAAUAAUCGGAGAUGACACCUCUAUAUUCUAUAGAGGAAAGAACUAUGUGCAACCGGAAAUCAUGUCACCCAUUGAUACACUGUCCAAGAAAAGGGCCUUGGAGAAAUCCAAGUAUGAGCAAUCACUGGAAACUGUGAGGCAUUUCAUUGCUGUUGCUGAAAAGGAAUUGGAGCUUUAUUACAGGCAUAUAGCACUGUAUGGUAUUUCAAACAAGCAGACAUGUAGUACAAUUGCUCAAAAUUCAAUAGAAGACUCAAAUGAUACUGUAAAUCGUCAUUUCACAAAAAGCAAAAUUCUUGAGUCAACCCUCUAUUCUACAUGCGAUCCUCAAAUGGAUUAUGAUUCCUCGGAUCAAGAAUUAAAUGGUACUGGAAAUGUGUCUUCCAGUGAGACAGAGCUAGAUGGUGACUGCAUGUCUGAUGAUGAAGACGAUCUGGAUUCUGAAGGGAGAGAGGAAGCUUUACCAAAAUUAACGUAAGAGAGGUUCAUAAAUCCACAAUGCAUGAUUGCAUUCUGCAAGUUACUCUACCUCAGAUAUGCUCUUUUCUGACCAGGCCCUCGUCUCGUAUUUAUGGCAUCCUGGAAAGAGGAGGAUACACCUUCAAAAUCUACAGAAGUUGUUGUUCCUGGUACAAAUAUUGUUGGUGGUAUGAUGCCAGGCGGUUUUGCACCACCUGGAACUUAUGGAGUUAUGCAGCGGCCCAUGUAAUUCUGCUUGCCAGGCAAUUGAGUUUCUUAUACAGAAAGGAGUUCCAGAAGCCCAUAUUAUUUUUCUGAACCUUAUAUCAGCACCUGAAGACUUCCAUUGUGUUUGCAAACGUUACCCGUCCUUGAAGAUUGUCACUUCAGAGAUUGAUGCUGCGUUGAAUGAUGAGUAUCGUGUAAUACCUGGCAUGGGAGAAUUUGGGGAUCGUUAUUUUGGUACUGAUGACUGAAGAUGCAAGGAGGUUGAGCAACUGGUAGCAGAGAACACUACACUCUUCGAGAAGCUGAACGCGACAGCUCAACAGCUCAGAGAAGCCACAACAACAAUUUGUGUGCUUAAGUCAGAUGUUCAAGCUUUGAGAGCCAAGGUAUAUAGAGGAACUUAAAUAAGCUUUUUAAUCAUCUUAAUUUAAUUAUAUUAAGUUUUGCAGAGUAUGUAUAAAUGACUUGAGGUGAAAAUUAAUUAUUCAUGGGUUACAAGAGGCACUAUGAACUAGCUUCUUCAGAUUACUACAUUAUGUUCACCUUCUCCAGUUGAACUUAUCAAGUGUUUGGAGGCAAUCAAGGAAAAUGCUUUUAUGCUUCAGACUACCCGGCCAUCGUUACAUUUGAAGACCAUUUAGACUCUUUUCUUCAUGCUAAAGUCGCCCAGGAAAGUUCGCUCACAUAGACUAACUUUUUUCAUAAAAUUAUAAAAUCAGUUGUAUUGAUCCUAUAGUGACCUAUUUUUUUCCCUUUAAUUCAGAUGGUCUAUACAACAUUUGGAAAUAUACUCUUUCUAUACUCUUUCCAGGCAUA